UUAGUUUUGACACCUUGACUCGUGGAAGGUGAAAAUUCGCGGUCUACGUGGUUUUUCCGAUUCGAAGAAAAAAUAAAAAUAAAUCUUCAACUCAAUCCUUACGUAACUUGAACUAAUUUAAACUUUACAAGAUACUUGAAUUAGUGCUACAGUGUCAACAAUUAACGUUUUAUGUUGUUUUGAUUACUUUCGUCAGCAAAAAAAAAGUUUCAAUAUGUUACCAAUAAAAAAAGAACAUAUGCAAUAUUUACAUUCUUGUAAUAUUAACGUCAGGGAAUUUAAGCCGGAAAUGUCUCAACCUCGGAAAGUAAUUCACCUACCAAAGCUCAGGAUGGUCCGCGGGCGAGCCAGUGAUAUUCGCAUCACAAAUGUGCGGACUGUCAAGCCUCCGGACCCUGAACUGGUUAAACAGCAGGAGGAAAGCAGGCUUCGGGCUCAGUUACAAAAGGAAAUAGUGUCCCGAUCGCGGAGUUGCAGUAACAAGAGCUACGAGUGUUAUCUGCCGGUCGUCGCGGGUCGCCAGUUCUGUGCUAGACAUAUUCUACAGGACCCCACUGCUCCGUACAAGCAAUGCGCGCACUCCGCCGGCGCGCGCUGCCCGCAGCCUGCGCCCGCGCCGCCCGCCGGGGCUGAACCGCGCGACCACAGGGACCAAGGGUUGUGUUACCAGCACGCGCGCGCGGCGGCGGCGAUGCGCGCGCGCAGCUCGGCGCCGCCCCCGCCCGUUUCCACCACCGAGACCUUGCUGCACCAGCUCACACACUACGUCAGGAACGAGCGAGCGAGAACUACAUCAUGUGCAUCUGCCGUCUCUGUCGUGAGCGAGCCCGAGGUAGACACCACCGCGCCUGAGGCAGCUGAUCCAUUUAAGCAAAUCGACGCAACAGCAAUAAACGCGUCCUGCUCCACCGCCAUAAUGGAGUGUUGUAGCGCGAGCGACAGCGACGCGGACAGCCUCACCGCCGGGCCCGAGUAUGAAGACGCCUUGUCAGACUAUGAGGAUAGCACUGUAGAGGACGGACCUCUAUGGCGAGCGGGCGUAUACACGGCUGAGGAGGCGGUAUCCGAAGCUAAAAACGCGCUAGUGUCGCUACAGAGCGCCUACAUCCGCCAGAUGUCGCACCUGCGGUGUCUAUUACAAACGGCCAGGCUCAAAUACUUGCGGGAGCUCAAGGCAGAGAAGGAAUUAUACUGCAGCAUCAACGCGCAGGCCCGCAGCGGGCCGCUGACGGUCCGCGAGCGCCGGCAGCUGCGCAAGCUCAAGUGCUACGCCGGCUACCACAAGAAACAUGGCCACGACGCUGUGCUGGCUAGGAAACUGCAGAGGAAGCGGGCCAGGGUAAACUUGGUGGCCAACCGUCCGGUUCCUUCGCACGCGCGCUGCACGUUCGCCGAGGGCAGCGCUCGCUGCGGCAACACCGUGGUCCCGGCCGCCAAGCACUGCCUCAAGCACAUCAUGAACGAUCGCCACCAGGUGUUAUUCACGGCGUGCGGCGACGUGCGCGGGCUGAGCCCGUGCGGGGAGGCGGUGCCGCGCACGCCGCUGCCGUCCGCCAAGUGCCGCCACCACACCAUGCCGCCCACAUACACCGUCUUCACACUCAAGAAGGACGAAUCUGACAGCGACGAUUCCCGCUCGUCGGAGGCGUGACCUUCGGGCUCCGGCCUAGCGCCGGCCUGGGAGCCCCCGGCCUCCGAUUCAGACUGAGACUACUACUC